AUGAUCGCGGUUCAGCCUCCGCAACUGAAUCGGUUGCCAAACCCAUGUCCUGCCAUGACGUUCGUUUGCAAGGAGGAGGAGCACUCCCAAGAACAUCGGCAGUCAGAGGAGAAGAGAGUACCUCGUGCCCGUGACAGAAGCACAAAGGGCAAAAGGAGAGAUUCCACUGAGCUCAAAGAUGGUUUCAAGAAGUUCUUGUCGCAGCAGCCAUCCAUGAUGGAGGCAAUGGUGAUGUCACCGGGCGUGGAACUCGAAGAGCGAAACAAGACCAAGCGUGGGGAGAAGAUCAAGAUUGACCCGGGAACCAUGUCCCGGAAAGAAUACGAGGAAGGCGUCCAAAGAGUACCACCCAGCAAGACAGGUGCCACGCCUGACAAAACCUCGCCCGCACAGCCAUCAACAGCGCAAGAGUCGAAUUCUGCCCACAGCGCUGCUGUACUUCCUGUCGCGCAGGCUACUGAAGGGCCGAGUCCUGAUGCCGCCAAAAAUGUGCGGUCUGAAGGUGGAUCCGGUUUGGUGAGGGCGACAGCCGCCCCGAAAGCACCGCCACCGCGACCCCUGGAGCCUUCGGCUCCAUCAACCAGGAAGCGUGUUCAGCCGAAGCGAGAUGCCUUGGGAUACUCCCUAAGUGCCCGAGAACGGCUCCGCAUCAACGCUGGCUCGCACUUCCCCCACUGCGCGCCACAGCCACCACUUGGCGCCACGAUGGGGCACGGACUUCUUCCGCAGUCGAGCAAAGAUCAGGAGUUUUACUUCCCGGGCGCGACAAGCAUUGUGGGGGAGGAGGAGCUUCGUACUCCGAGGGAGCAGUUGCAAGGCCAGAUCGUCAGCAAGCCGUGCUCUGAGCAGUUUCGCAUACUGCCGGAUCUGCUUGACAAACGCAGUCUGCAGACUUAA